CCUUGCCGCCUCCACGAGCAGCUGUCAACACCCCCCCCCCCCACCUCGAUCACGGCCACUUCUCGUCCUGCUUCCGCCGCCGUCGACCUUCUCGCAUCGUAUUUCCCGUCGCACGGCCUUCGAGUUUGCAGUGUAGAAAUAAAAUAUUGCACCUAGCUUUUCACCACUUAUCCCACCGGCGCAUUCAUUCGCACUAGCCAUGGCCGACUCUGCACCUCCUGGCAGCAGCCUGCCUCCCCCACCGCCGUCCGCUGGCCCUCCUGGCUACGACGGCCAGCAGGGCAACCCUCAGCAGCACAUGCCUCCUCCUGCACUCGCCCCUGUAAUCAUCCCCCAGAACACGAACCCCAUCCCCACGGCGAUCAGCUCGCCCAUGUCCGGCGGUGUCAUGUCCCCCACUAGUGCUGGAGGCUCUGGCUACACCUCGCGCCGUGCCGCGCCCGAGCCGAACAAGAGGGCGCUGUACGUGGGUGGCCUGGACCCCCGCGUCACCGAGGACGUCCUGCGCCAGAUCUUCGAGACCACCGGUCACGUCCAGAGCGUCAAGAUCAUCCCCGACAAGACCGCCAGCGCUCCAUCCGGCUUCAACUACGGAUUUGUCGAGUACGACGACCCGGGCGCGGCCGAGCGAGGCAUGCAGACGCUCAACGGCCGCCGUAUCCACAACAACGAAAUUCGCGUGAACUGGGCUUACCAGUCCAACAACACUGCCAAGGAGGACACUUCGAACCAUUUCCACAUCUUCGUUGGUGAUCUGUCCAACGAAGUCAACGAUGAGGUGCUUCUCCAAGCCUUCUCCACCUUUGGCCCGGUGUCUGAGGCCCGCGUUAUGUGGGACAUGAAGACUGGCAGGUCUCGUGGCUACGGUUUCGUUGCGUUCCGCGACCGUUCCGACGCCGAACGUGCGCUCAGCUCCAUGGACGGAGAGUGGCUCGGCUCGCGUGCCAUUCGCUGCAACUGGGCCAACCAGAAGGGUCAGCCUUCCAUCUCCCAGCAGCAGGCCAUGGCCUCGAUGGGCAUGACCCCAACUACUCCUUUCGGUCACCACCACUUCCCCACCCACGGCGUUCAGAGCUACGAUAUGGUUGUCGCGCAGACUCCCCAGUGGCAGACGACCUGCUAUGUCGGCAACCUCACGCCGUACACUUCGCAGUCUGACCUCGUUCCCCUUUUCCAGAACUUUGGCUAUGUUACCGAGACUCGUUUCCAGUCUGACCGUGGUUUUGCUUUCAUCAAGAUGGACACUCACGAGAACGCUGCUAUGGCCAUCUGUCAACUUAAUGGGUACAACGUCAAUGGCCGGCCUCUGAAGUGCAGCGUAGGUUGAGUCGAUUCCUUUGUCUCUUUCUCGUACUUACUCUCCGAUCUAGUGGGGCAAAGACCGCCCGCCAACCGGCCAAUUCGAAGGCU